AUGUCUAGACGACCACCUCCCGAAGUUUUCCUGAGUUUCAGAGGGCCGGACACACGCAGGCACUUUGUGAAAUUCCUGCUACAUAUGUUGACUAGAGCUGGCAUCGACGUCUUUAUAGACGACAAAGACCUGCCGAAAGGCAAAAUUAUCAACAAUGAGCUGAUCGCUGCGAUCAGCGGGUCCAGGAUAUCAAUAGCCGUCAUCUCUGAGGACUACGCGUCCAGCAAGAGCUGCCUUAUGGAAUUGAAGCACAUGUUCGAGUGCAAGGAUAGCGGGAGUGACCUCAGCAUCAUCCCCAUCUUCUACUACGUCGACCCGUCGGAUGUACGCCACUGCAAGGGCACUUUCAAGAGGUCCUUGCGUGGGCACAAUUCCGGCGUCAAUGCCACGGUCAUUCGUUCAUGGAAGUCUGCUCUAGGUCGAAUCGGAAAAAAGAAAGGAUACCAUCUCCAUGAAAAUAAUGAAGGGUAA